UCAGCAGGAGACUGCAACGCUCUCUCUCUCUCUCUCUCUCUCUCUGUCACGCAUAUAGACUCACUCACGCUUUGUCAGGGCUCGGUUGGUUUGGAGAGGAGCUCGAAACUCGCACUACCACACACACACACUCACACACUACCGUUACCCCACACACUCAUAUCCACAGCGUGACGCACAGUCAGAGCUUGGUUUGGGCAGGAGGAGGAAGAAGAAGAAGGGGAAGAAGAAAAGUGGCUCCUGAAUAAACUCCCCCUCCGCUUCCCUGGAUCUGUCCGAAAUUGCACCUCAUGCCAGAAAGUGGUCGCUAGCAGCAGCGAUGGGCGCGUUUGGAGUCAUUCUGGGGAGUUUGCACUACAUGGGACUCUACAUCCAACUCAGCGGCCAAGCCGACGUGGAGAACCGCAUCUCCAGCAACGCACUCUUCACAGAGGUCCCUCAUGACAUCACGGCACAGAGUGGGCAGGAUGUGGAGAUGGCUUGCUCUUUUCGGGGGGCGGGGUCACCCUCUUAUUCGCUGGAGAUCCAGUGGUGGUACAUCAGGAACCACAGAGAAUGGACAGACAAACAGACGUGGACCAGCAAUCAGGUGGUGCCUCAAGAUGAGCUGUCAAAGGAUGCUACAAAAAUUAGUGUGGUGAAGGUUGCCGGUAGCAACAUCUCACACAAGCUCCGCCUCUCCAGCGUCAAGCCGUCGGACGAGGGAACGUACGAGUGCCGCGUCAUCGACUUCAGCGACAGCAAGCUGCGGCACCACCGCGUGCGCGCCUACCUGCAGGUGGAGCAGGCCGGCAGGAAGCCCAACCCUCCGCACCACCAGGGGGCAGCGGCGGCCAGCCCGGCGCAGGAGCCCCACAAACACCAGCCGGCCAAUCACGGCCACCACAACUCCGGCAGGGAGCUGAGGAAGCGCUCGGCCGACGACAGCACCACCGACUGCACAGAGAGCUGUGUGCUUUAGGGCCUAAAACUAGCUCUUCAGUUCAGGGGUCAUCAGCUGACCUGUCCAUGCUCCGCCCACAGAUGUGUUCUUUUGUAGUGACGGUUGCUGAAGUGGACAAGCUUUACUGGAUGUUGGCAAAGAAGAAUUGCAUUAAACCUAAUGAGGAACUGUAGCUGCUUCUACACUAAAAUAGCCGAAACCAUUAACCUUCUGUAUAGCUUGCAUAAAUUAAUGAUCGAUGUAUGUUUCAUCCAAUCACAGAAGUCUAUAAACACUACUUCCUUUAUUAGACAAAGGAGGAAUAAACUUGCAGUGAGGUCGGCAGAAUUAUGCAAACAUUUUAGGUGUAGAAUAAUUAAAUACAAGUACACUAUCCUAAAAUUCAAAUCAAAUUCAUUCUGAUUUUUUCCUGUUUUUCUUCCAAUUCAUGUGGCCAUAUGUCCCACCUAUUCAGCUGCUAGUCACCUGUAUAGUCCCCAUCACUAGUGAUGCCUUAACACAAGGAGGGUGAAGACUAAUACAUGCCUCCUCCGACACAUGUGAAGCCAAUCACCGCCUCUUUUCCAACUGCUGCUGAUGCGGUAUUGCCGAGUAGCAUCAUAGCGCGCUCGGAGGACAGCACAGCUCACAGAUGCCUUGUGCUGAUCAACAUCACCCUAGGAGUGAUGAGGGGAAAGAGCACCAUCUAACCACCCAGAGAGAGCAAGUCCAAUUGUGCUCUCUCAGGGCUCUGGCAGCGGAUGGCAAGCUGCAUAACCGGGAUUCGAACCAGCGAUAUCCCGAUCAUAGUGGCAGCGUUUUAGACUGCUGUCCUUAGGCUAACGCAGCCCAGGGUGCAUCAGUCUUACAAGGAGUUCUACAUUCAUAUGAGUUUAUUGUUUAUAAUGGGCAAACAAUAAAAAAACAUUGCAAACGUAUAUUGUGUAUUCGCUGAUCAGAUUACUGAGUGUCAAUCUGGCAACCCACUGGUGUAUGGGAGACACGAUUCUCUCCAGUGUUUGGAAAUUGGACUUCCGUAGCCAUUUCACACUCAUUCUCAUUUAGCACUGAUUGUUGCUUUAAACAUAUUUUACAUUUCCAACUCCAGUGUCAAUGUCCAAUGAAUACUCUUAUUAAUUUAAGAGUGCAUUGCUUUUAAAAUGGCAUUAAAAGGACAUAAAUUGCCUUUACUAGAAUUGCAAAAAUCAUCAUAAAAUAUAAUAAAAUGUCAUAGCACCCCCUGCAGUUGUGGCGCACAUGCAACAGGCAAAAUGAAACCACAGUAAGUGUGAAAGCUUAUCAGAGGUGUCAAGUAAAGUAAAGUACAAUGACGUAGUAUUGUAGUAGCCAGCGCACUCGGAGAAAAAAAAGCGCAGCGACUCGGUUUUGAUACAUCAGCUCAUAGAUGCAUCAUAGAUCUACCCACCCAGAGAGAGCAAGACCAGUUGUGCUCUCUCAGGGCUCCGGCAGCUGAUGGUAAGCGACAUGAAUGAGAUUUAAACCAGUAAUCUCCCGAUCAGAGUGGCUUUAGACUGCUGGACCACUCGGAACCCCCAAGCUUUUGUUCUUAUUGGCAUUUUUCUUCCUACAUUACUUUUAAUUUCAUACUUUAAGUAGUUCAAAAAAAAAACUGUACACUUGAGUAAAAAGCUUGAGUUGAUACCUCAACUUGUAAAAAGUCUUUUAAACCCCAGUAUCUCUACUUCCACCUGAGGAUUGAAUGUGAAUACUUUUAACACCUUUGUUACACAGUUUGUUAGCUUGCAAACUGUUCAUGGAUGUUUCACAGAAGUAUGCAGAGGCCUUGAGCUCAGACCAAAGUUACAUGCUACAGUUUCUCAUCUCAUCAGGUUCAGUGGAAUGUUUUUUUUUUUGCUAUCUCCUGUAAAGCUCGUCCUGCAAACCUCGCAGCAGAAAUGAUGAAAGAAUGCAUUUGAGAGCUGAUCCUGGAGGGCUGGAGUCCAGCACGCUUAUUUAUUUAUUUAUUUAUUUUCCCUGAUUUUCCUGCUCAAACAUACUUGACACGACUCAUCAGUUAAUUACCAUGUUUAGUAGUUCCAGUGUGCUCCAGCUAAAUUCACCAAACUGUGCAGGAUCAGACCUAAAACACUGAUACACACAACUGAUGACCCUCGCUUUAGUUUGUAACCCCUUACACACCACUCACUACACUCCCAUUCUCAGAGAUACCCCCUACCUUCCCCUGAUCUCUCUCCACAUAGUUCCCCUAGUUUACCCCCCCCCCCCAGAUCUUAACACAUGAUGUAUAAUACUGUAUAAAGCAAAGGUAAAUGUUAUCAGACCAGCCGAUGCAUGUCAGGAAAAUCGUUUUUUCUUACAGCAUUUGCACAUUUAAAGAUUUGAGGUCAAUAUGGACAGAUGGUGGUCAACAGUGGUGGCCAUUUUUUAUUAUUAUUAAUAUUAUAUCAAGGACAACUAAUGUUAACCAAACCUGCUUACUAUAGAGAAAGAAAGUGGUCAGUUUUUUCCCCCAGCUUUUUUGUUUGUAUUCAAAACAUAAACUAGAGGUUAUUAUAGCUUGAUUUAAGGUGUGACGGUGUGUCUUUGGUACCGUAAGGGUGCAAAAAAAAACACCUUCACAGCCUAAAACUCACAAAAGGCAUGUACUAAUUCUCGUAAUUAAUCAUGAGUGUGUUUUUUUUUGGCAUAACAUGAUACAACCCAAUCAGUGUGCCAGUUAUCAUUCCCUUUAAGAGCCGGGUGUGCUAUGACUUUGGCACAUUCGUAACUUAACCGCAUUACACUUUCAGUCAGUGGUGCAAAAUAGCAACACGCAAGACAUGUACCUGAAUACACCUAAUUUCCAGACCACCACAACGCCCAUCAGUGUAGAUUUAUUCCUAAACUCUGACGUUAUUUUAACGAUGUAGGCACAAAGCAUGAACAUAGACUGUGGAUGGGGUGUAAGAUAGCAAAGAGCAUUGCAACGCACCUUGCACAUGGUGUACGAUAGUGCCGAUAGUGUGAGUAAGCUGCUGUUUCACCUCUAUUUUAUUAAUUAUACUCAACACUCCUGCCCUUUUCACACCUGGAAUUAACAUGUCCUAAGUGUUUAGAACAAUAUACAGUGACUUGCAAAAGUACUCAUACCCCUAAAACUUUUUCAUAUUUUGUCACCUUACAACCACAAACUUAAACGUACUUUAUUGAGAUUUUAAGUGGUAAACCAACACAAAGUAGCACAUAAUUGUAAUGUGGAUUUCAGCAGCUCCUCCAGAGUGACCAUGGGCCUUUUGGUUGCUUCUUUGAGAAGUGCUCUCCUUGUUCAGUCUGUUAGUUUGGGUAGACGACCAUGUCUUUGUGGGUUUAAAGGUGUAGAGAACUUUUUCUAUUUUUAGAUGAUGGAUUGAACUGUGUGCAUUGGGAUGCUCAAAACUUGUUUUUUUUUAACCAUGCUUUAAACUUCUUCCCAAUGUUAUCUUUGACCUGUCUGGUGAGUUCCUUGGUCUUUAUGAUGCUGUUUAUUCAGUAGUGUUCUCUAACAAACCACUGAGGCCUUCAAAGAACAGGUGUAUUUAUACUGAGAAUAAAUUACACACAGCUGAACUUCUGAAGGCAAUUGAUUGCAUUGGGUUUUAUUUCGCUAUUGGCUCCGCCUCCAGCAGGAAUAAUGUGAGAACUCCAGUCACAAGCGCUCACAGGAGAAGCAUUUAAAAUGCCAUGUUAAUGCCAAAUGUGAACAGGUCCUGUGUCUAAUACAGGGUUUAGUCUGUAUUAUUGUCACACAGUCAACAAAUCAUGGGAACUGUAAUUCAAUGGUAUUUCAACACAAUGUGGUUCAAACACAAUAUUUCUCACAGCUCAGCGAACGUUUCUGAUUUAUUAUAUUGAUUUUAGAGCUACUCAUGCUUUAAAUUAUUUUUAUUCCAUUUUAUGCCAUAAGUUCAGUGUGGAGAAAUGUAUGGUGCUUCAAAAUAUCUUAAACUCACGAUGCUCAUUGUUAUCUUACACCCCACAAACAGUUUAUUUUAACACCAUGUGCAUUUAAACAGUGACAGAGCUUACAAAUAUAUCUACGCUGAUGGGCAUGAUGGUCUGGAAAUGAGGUGUGUUUAGGUACAUUUUUGCCAUAGGUGUGCUACUGUCUGAAAAAAGCCUAAACAGCAGUCAUCAGACAUUAGAUGUUCAUUGCUAUCUUGGCAAUGCAGGUGUGCCACGCUUGACACUCAACAUCCACACACACAUAAGGACAUACAGCAUUAAAAUACCAAUCUGCCAGAGCUUAAGUCAGAGCUCCCCUGGGUCUUAAAGGGAACAGCACCUGGGUCUUGGUCACAUUGAGACCAAGACAAGGCGUGCAAGGAGUACUUUUCCCGACGUUACGAUAGCAAAGAUACAUUGACACGCCCUAAAUCAAACUGUGCAGUUCAAGCUGUGGUGAUCUGCAGGUGAUCUGCCCUCAUACAAAAUUUGAUCCCACUCUAUAAACCCAGGCCUGGUAUCAUGAUGUGUCAUGGGUGCAAUUUUUGUCUGACGUCAGAUCAGCUUUGGUGUUCAUUACAGGCAUUUCGACAGCCCAUGUUGACAGUCCUGUUGAGGUCCUGCAACCAGUGCUCCUACACUUUCUGAACAACACUCUGGUACAUUUUGGCUCAAUCCUAUUUCACCCCCUUGGCCCUACCACUCACCCCUACCCCUUGUUUUUGAGUGUACCCCUCGAAAAGGGAUGAAAUUCUCCCCCUAAGAAUUGGGACAACCUUUCAAGCUCCCGAUACGUCAUCAAGAGAGCUAAAGUUCAGCAACCUAGCUGCUGCUGGUUAACUAGAUAACUUUAGGGCUUUAUUGCAAAUCUUCAGAAAGAGGGAAGAUGGUGCAGAAAUUAAUUAUUAUUGUCCAUUCCUUAUUUUCUCUGUGAACGAUUUGUUUUAUUUAAAUUUUUCUGUUUCGUCUUAAAUGCUGCAGCCUCUGCCAUGUGUUGCACCAUUUAAGGUGGAACGGGAAAGUUAGUUAUCUAGCUAGCUACUGAGACAAACUACUAGCUAUCUUGUUUAGGCUUGUUAUGAAGAAUUUGGCCAUAAAACAUUGAAGCUACACUUUAAAAUACGGUAAUAUAGUGCUAAUCGUCACUUUUAACAAGAAAAACACUUACAUUUGUGGAUUUCUUUGGUCGCUUGUGCCGCCAUCUUACCAGUGAUUCUUAUACCCCUCAGUUUGAAGUGUGCCUCUAAAAAACUUCGGUAUAAAGGGCUAACAAGCCCUGAGGGGUAGGACCAAGGGUGAAAUGGGAUUGGGCCUUUUCCAACAGGACAAAGCUCAUCCACAUACUUCUCCACAGUUAUUUUUUAGUGUUUUUAUGAAGAGUGUACAUCAGUUUGCCACACUGUUAAGCAAAAAUAGUGGCUAAGGUUUCCGAAGUUGUUUCAGGAAGUAGAAGCUUUGUGUUUAUUUGGAUUAAUCGGUUGGGUAUAUGGGUGCCAAAGCUUUUUUUUUCUUUCUUUUUUGCCACUUUAGUUGUAGGUGCAUCUACAACUGCUCAGAUUGAUAAUGUCUCUUUGUUUUUUUCUUAUGUUUAAAGCAGGGACUCCACAGAAAGAACAUGUCUCUCUUAUUGACCCCCCUAUCAGCAAGGCAAGCGGACAGAUAGGCAGGCAGGUUGGCUGUAAGUAGAAUUGUUGUCCAUAGUAAAUAUCCCACAUAAAUGUAUAAAUAACUGAGAUAGUGGGAGCUAAGCAAACUUUCCUCUGACUGAAAUACUGAGUUUAUGGAUCCCUGGUUUAAAAAAAAAAAAAAUAUAUAUAUAUAUAUAUAUAUAUAUAUAUAUAGCUGUAUGAAAGCUUUGGUUCUUGUGUUUCAUUUAUUUAUUCAUGCGUUUUUUUUAUUUAUUUACAGAAUGUUUCCUUUGGUUUUUGUAAAGAAAUCAAUGUAAAAAAAAAACAGUGUACAUUUUAAUAAUCCUCCAGGGUGUUGGUUUCAUCUUAAAUGUAUGCUUUUAUCAAAUAAAACCAUUGUACAUUGA